UACUGAUAAAUUUUAAAUACGGCCAUUAGCAUGUUUUUGAUAAGAAUAUCACACUUAUUUCUCAUUUAUUUUAUUCAUGUUAAUCAAAAGUAAAGAAAUAAUUAGUACAAUUACAAGUCAUAAAAUUCAGGUUUUGCAAACAUGGCACAACCUCAACUAAUUGACUUAAAGAAAUUAAAUGUUCAACAAUUGGCUAAAAUGAAGGAACAAAUGUAUAAAGAAGUUAGUUUAAUUCAAGAUUCACUUCAAUCUCUAAAAAUUGCACAAAAACGUUAUUUGAGCUCUCAAGAAGCAUUAGAAAGUACCAAAGGUCGACCAACUGGUACAUCAUUAAUGAUACCAUUAACAAAAUCAAUGUAUGCUGCCGGACAAUUGGCUGAUCCUGAAUAUGUUACCGUAUGCAUAGGAGCUGGUUACUACUUGCGUCUUGAAAUAGAUGAUGCGAUUCAAUAUUUUAAAAGACGUGUUAACUUUCUUGUUGAACAAAUGGAAAGCAUUCAACAAAUUGGAAUUGAAAAACAGAAACUUCAAAAUGUUAUAACAGAAGUACUAGAGAUCAAAUUACAGCAAGCACAAACUGAAAAUAAAUAAAAAUAGCUUUAACUAAAUUCAUUUUUAAUCUAUGUUCCCUAAUAUUUAAUUAAAACAUUUAUGUUGUUUGUAUACUUCUUUUAUUAACAUUUUAUUUAACAACAUAAAAAAUAAGUUUCUCUAAGUACUUUAAUG